UAUUAACUUAGGAAAGUUGUUUAUUAAUAUGUUGGCGAAAGCGGAAAUUUACCGAUCAGAUCAGCCAACCGCAUCGAACUUCGUCCGAGUUGGUUAUAUCGAAGUCGCAAGGCAAGAGGACGAAAAUUCGAUGGAAGAACUACAGUUGCAGAAUAUCAAACUCCUUGACCAAGGCGACGGGCAGAAUUUCCAUUCGCCCGAAGAGAAAGCUUUCAUUCGCAAGGCUGAAGUCGACACAAACCACGGCAAAAUACAUGUGACAUUACAUGGUACCGAAGGCAAACCGGCCAUAAUAACAUUUCACGAUAUCGGACAGAAUCAUGUCUCUGCCUUUCAGAGCUUUCUCAACUGCGGCGAAAUGGCGCCCAUAUUGCAGUAUUUCACAAUCUAUCAUAUUGACGCGCCAGGCCAGCAAGAAGGGGCCUCACAAUUUCCCGAAACAUUUCAGUAUCCCACCAUGGACGACCUGGCCGAAAUGAUCUCGGACGUAGUGGCGCAUUUUAAAUUGAAAUCUUUCGUGGGACUGGGCAUUGGCGCUGGAGCUAGCAUUCUUUGUCGAUAUGGCUUGAAAUAUCCGAAAUUGGUCGACGGUUUGAUGCUUAUCAAUUGCUUCUCGGGGAAAAGUGGCUGGGUCGAAUGGGGCUACGAGAAGAUAUCUUCUCAUCAGCUGAAAAGUAAAGGCAUGACAGCAUUCACAGAAGACUACCUUGUUUGGCAUCAUUUUGGUAAAAGAUCGACAGAGGAAAAUCGUGACUUGGUCGCGUCCUACCGCAAGAGCCUGGAGACGGCUUUCAAUAAUUUCAAUCUUGGUUUGUUUGUGGAGUCCUUCAGUAGGCGAAGUGAAAUCAACAUGAGACGACCUUUGCCAGGCGAAGCAUCGAAUAUCCCUUCAUUGAAAUGCCAGGUCUUACUGGUCGCUGGCGAUUAUUCUCCUCAUCUCGAAGAGGUGUUAUUAACAAAUUCUCAUAUGGAUCCGACCUGUUCAUCUUUGAUGGAGGUCAGUGACUGCGGUGGAACUCCGCUGGAGGAGCAACCAGCCAAGAUGGCUGGCGCAUUCAGAUUGUUUCUCCAAGGCUUGGGAUAUGUGCCAAGUUUAGUGCCAUUGAAACCACAGAGGCCGUACGAUCCAAGGGACCAUCAAGGACCAAUAGGAGUAAAUAUGCGUAUAAGGACAAUAUUCUACGUAGAUACAUGUCCUAUAUAUGGUUGUGUACAAUGA